GAUUACCUGCUAAUGAAUACACCAAUUCUCAAAGAAAGAAAGCCAUGGCUGCUUUGUUUGGUAUUAAAACUACAUCAUCAUUCUUCCUAGUACUGUGUUUAACUGUGAUCAUGUUCUUUACUUUGUCAUGCUUUUCUGCUGAUCCCGACCCGCUUCAAGAUAUUUGUGUGGCUGACUUGAACUCCACAAUUAAAAUUAAUGGGUACCCUUGCAAGCCGGAUUCUGAAGUUACUUCAGAUGAUUUCUUCUAUAGUGGCUUGGUGGAUGAAGCAAGCACAGAUAAUCCCGAAGGAUUUGGAGUGAAACGUGGUGAUGUUACCACCUUCCCUGGGUUAAACACCCAGGGACUAACGGUAAACCGAGCCUUCCUUGCACCUGGUGGAAUUAUUCCACUUCACGUACACCCUCGAGCAAGUGAAUCUAAUUUUGUCAUAAAAGGAUUAGUCCUUUUUGGCUUCAUAACUACUGACGAUGUUCUGUACGCAAAGGUUAUGAAACCAAGAGAGUUGUCUAUUAUUCCUAGAGGACUUGUGCACUUCGCAGUGAACGUUGGAAAGGAGAAGGCUGAUCUGUUAGCUGUUUUCAAUAGCCAACUGCCCGGAUUUGCAAAUAUUCCCACUAACCUCUUCAAUUCUACCCCAACAAUUCCUGAUUAUAUUUUGGCUAAGAAUUUCCGAGUUGAUGAGAAGAUCAUGGCUAUCAUAAAGUCUAAGUUUGGUCCCAAUAGUUCUUUGCCUACUGGAACUUUGAAAGAUAUGUAGGUCUAUUUCUAACUUGUGUGUUGAUUGUUCUAGUAAGUUUAUUCGAAGAGUCGAUAUAAUAAAGCCAUGUAUGCUAGGACUAAUUCUAUGGCAAUCCUUCCUGUCAGCAACUUCCUUAUCCGGUUUGUAGUAAGGGACUCAUGCAUCGUCCCCUUGCUUUAUUAAUGAAAAACAUUUCCUAAUUUA